CUCUACUCUCAGGUAGUCAGGCUUCUCUCUGAUUGAAAUAUUGGCGAAAUGCGAAAACAGUAAAGAUUCAGGAUCAGAAAAUAUUACGACGUUUAUUUUAAAUUGCGUCCAUUGACGUUACAUGUCACGUUGAAAAUGGCUGCAAUAUUACGUGUAAAACGCAAGAAUACUGAUUCUCCACUGGACGCACUGGUAAUUGCAUGUAAACGACUAAAAACUGAGGUCUUCCAUUCGGAUAUCCCACCUGUAGAAACCGUCGUCCAGUUUGCUGGCACUCUUAAAGACCCGACAGAAAAUGUCACAAAACAUGUGGGCAAGUUUCUGGACAUGGAAAAUAUCAAAACUGGUGUCAAGAGAGUAUCUGAUAGUGGUUAUGCAAAUAUUUCUGGAAAAAUACCCAAAUGGAUAGACGACAGGUACAAAGUUACCGAUUACCAAUCAUUAGAUACAUCAAAUGAUCCAGAGUUUAAAGAUAUGAAUAUGGUACUCAUAGAUGUGGAAGACAUCUUUAGUGUUCAUUGUCAGACAAGAGAAGAGCAAACCAAGGAUCUAGAUGUCUCAGAGGAGCUUCACAAUUAUGUAUACGAUUUGUAUUGUGCACAAACUGCUAACAACUUGUGGUUUGAGAAUGAUGAGGAUAAUAUAUUGGUACGAAGGCCAGAUUAUUCAGACUCAGUAGAGUUGGAAGAUGAAGAUGAAUCCUCGGAUUCUAAUGCAGAAUCAAAUUGGAAAAAUGAUUAUCCCGAUACGGAUCCUGAUCGUACAGCUGAAUCAUUCAGUGAUGAUUAUCUCGACAUUUCCGAUGACGAAAACGAAUGUCCCGACUUUAGGGUUAAAGAUAAUUAUAGAUACAUUCGCGAAGGAAGAUAUAGAGAGAGUAGUAGUUCAUACAGUGAUUGUGAGAAAAGCUUGUCAGAUAAGGAAGAAAUAGAACACGAAAUAUCAUGUAAUGAAGAAACAUCAGAUGAUGAAAUGGACGAAAGGGCGGAAAAGGAAUUCAGUACAUUGUCAAUAAAUGAUGAAAAUGUUUAGUUAUAUGUAAUUAAAACAUUUUUUAAAUUAGGAUUAAGAGAAGAAUGAAUUCAUGGUAAAUUCGGUCAUUUGCACUACACUCUGAAUAAUGCACAUU